AAUCGUUUGUAAGAUAUCGUUACUUCCGAAUUGAAUGCUUAAUGAGUAAUUUUUAAUGUACUUCUUGAUGAAAUAUUAAUUUUGAAAUUAUGCCGUGUGAAAUGAUAACGGUCCAACUGGGCCAGUGUGGAAAUCAAAUUGGUUUCGAAUUUUGGAAGAAACUUUGCGCCGAACAUGGUAUCAAUCCUGAAGGCGUCCUCGAAGAUUUUGCUACAGAAGGUGUUGGUGAUAGAAAAGAUGUAUUUUUUUAUCAAGCCGAUGACAAUCAUUAUGUUCCUAGAGCCGUUCUACUUGAUUUAGAACCACGUGUAAUUCAUAGUAUUAUGUCGUCUAAUUAUUCUAAAUUGUACAACCCUGAAAAUGUAUAUUUAUCAAAACACGGAGGCGGUGCCGGUAACAAUUGGGCAUCAGGUUUCAGCCAAGGUGAAAGACUACAAGAAGAGGUUUUUGACAUAUUAGACCGAGAAGCUGAAGGUGGUGAUAGUCUACAAGGGUUCGUACUAUGCCAUUCUAUUGCAGGUGGUACUGGUUCAGGCAUGGGAUCAUAUAUUUUAGAACAUUUAACUGAUCGUUACCCAAAAAAAAUUAUUGAAACUUAUAGUGUUUUUCCAAAUCAAGAUGAAAUAAGUGAUGUUGUAGUACAACCAUAUAAUUCUUUAUUAACUCUAAAGCGCCUUGCACAAAGUGCAGAUUGUGUUGUAGUUUUAGACAAUACUGCACUAAACCGUAUUGCCACUGAUCGUUUGCAUAUAGAAAACCCAUCAUUUGCACAAAUCAACUCAUUAGUAUCUACUAUUAUGUCUGUUUCAACUGCUACUUUAAGGUAUCCGUCCUAUAUGAAUAAUGAUUUAGUAGGUUUGAUUGGUCCUUUAAUACCUUCACCACGUUUACACUUUCUCAUGACUGGAUAUACACCAUUAACUACGGAUCAUGAAGGUGCUAAUAUCCGUAAAACAACUGUUUUUGAUGUUAUGAGAAGAUUGCUACAACCGAAAAAUAUGAUGGUGUCGACAGCGCAAGAAAGAUCAUCCAUACCACACUGUUAUUUAUCUAUAUUAAACAUAAUUCAAGGUGAUGUUGACCCUACUCAAGUAUAUAAAUCUCUACAAAGGAUUCGAGAGAGGAAGACUGUUCAGUUUAUCGAAUGGGGACCAUCUAGUAUCCAAGUAGCACUUUCUAAAAAAUCUCCAUAUGUUCCCACUGCUCACCGAGUAUCUGGUCUUAUGUUAGCUAACCACACAAGCAUUUCACAACUUUUCCAAAGGGUCUUGGAUCAGUAUGAUAAACUACGUCAUAGAGAAGCAUUUUUAGAUCAAUUCCGCAAACAAAAUAUGUUUAAAGAUGACUUGUGUGAAAUGGAUGACUCUAGAGCAGUUGUUCAAAAUCUUGUCGAUGAAUACUUGGAAGCUACUAAAGAUACAUAUCUUCAAUGGCAACCUAAAAAAAAUGAUAACGCUACCAAUUAAAAAAUAGGCAACAAAUGGACACCGAAACCUCUUGCAUUCAGCAUGGACUGAACUACUUAAAUUAGAAACUUUUUUUUAUAGAUAUCUUGUUAAUAAGGAAUAUAAUAUUUGUAAUAACUUAUUGAAUUAUAUUUUUUAAUUUUUUAUUUUGCAUAUUUAUAAAUAUAACUUAUAAGUUUUAUUCUAAAAUAAAUUAAUCCACACAUUAUAUAUAAAUUGUAACACAAAAUAUGUAGUUAAAAGCUAUUGCGAAUCUGUUAUCACUGUUACUAAUCUGUGUUGUGCCAUUUUAAUGUAUUAACUCAUUUAUAAAUGUUUCAUAAUAUUGUACAUUAACUUGUAUUAUUAAAAAACAAAAUUAAAAUCAUAA